UCAACUCAAACACAUGUUUUUGGUGUGAUACCGGCCGAUUGUUGUCCAGACUGAAUCAAAUUAAUUUGCGAAUCUCAUGGAGUUCUAACCUUUCAAGUUUUAUUUUGCUAAAAAUAAAACGAUCAUGAAUUCUUUCAGUUCGAUCAAGACACUUUUAAGCUGCAGCAGCCUACGGAGCAGCACAUUUUUGCAGCAAGUGCGGCAUAAAAAAUAUCCUCUCCAACCAAAAAUACAAAAUCCAAUUUGGUUUGCAAGGAAAGAAAGAGCGACCUUUGAUGAGCAACUUACAAAAGAAAACCAAGCGUUUGUAAAGGAGAUGGUGUAUGCCAAGUACGGGCCACCUGCCAUCAUACAUGGAGUAGAAACGUUAGAUUUGUCGAGAAGCCUUCUGAAACAAGAGCCCGUUGUGUCAGGAGAGUGGUCCCCGGGCAUCAGGAGGACGGGAUUGAUCGCCCGCAAAAUUGGCGUCUAUCCUAUGUGGAUGAAGGAUGGCAAGAAAGUCGCCACCACACUGUUGCAGGUUGUGGACAAUUACGUUAUUAAAUAUAUACCUCCAGAAGAGUACCAAGCUUCAAGGAAAGCCCCAAGAAGAUACAAGAAUGAAGGAAAAUGGGGCUGUCUGGUUGUUGGAGCAGAAUGCUGUGACCCGCAAAAGUUCACCAAGGAAUACUGCGGUCUCUUCAAAGACUCUGGAGUUGCCCCAACAAAAAUCCUGAGCAGGUUCCUUGUGUCCCCAGAAGCAGCUAUCCAGCCUGGCACAUCGCUCUCGCCCCUUCACUUCAAAGUCGGCGACCACAUUGACGUGUUCGGUAGAACGAAAGAGCGAGGCUUCCAAGGAGUUAUGAAAAGGUGGGGCUUCAAGGGUAUGCCUGCAACGCAUGGCGUCACUAAAACGCAUAGGAGAGGAGGAAACAUUGGACAGGGUGGCAACAAGGGCAGAGUCUUUCCAGGCACCAAAAUGCCUGGUUGGAUGGGAGGCAGGAGACGGACUCUCAGGGGAUGCCAGAUUUUGAGGAUCAACACCAAGUUUAAUGUGAUCUUCGUGAAAGGGCAGUCAGUGCCUGGAGGUCAGAACAGCGUUGUGUUCCUGCAUGACACUCUCCUCCCACUGAAAUGGCGCAAGACAAGUCCUGAGGCCUUCCCAACGUAUUUCCCUCACCUCCAAGAAGGCGAUUCCCUGCCAGUUGACAUUUAUCACGAAAGCGUCCACAAUUUCGCAGACCCCAGCAUCAUGUAUGAAGACGAGGAAGUGAAGGAUGCAAAGAAGUAAAUUAUAGUGACUUUUUAUUUAAGAGAUAAUGCAAUAAAAAAUUGUAAACGAAAAUUUA